GUGAUGAGGAUGACGAGGGCGAUGACACCGACUGCAGCAGUAGCCACAUUUGGUCGCCCGCGCAGUCCAAUUCCAGCAGCCUCCUGACGCUGCAUGGAGACCGGAGUGGUGGUGGUGCAGCAGCAGCAGCAGUGGAAUCAUCAGCCCAGCAGAAGCGACCCCGAGACAUGUCCGGGCAGAUCGCGAGUGGAGGAGUACGGAGAUUCGGCUCUGCGAGAGACCCCGUGUCACGACCACAGCCCACAGGCUGCGAGGCGGACAUCAGCUCGUCGGGCAGCACCAACAGCACGUCGUGCAUGUCCCUGUCGGAGCACGGGGCUCGAGGGGGUCGCAUCCCAGGGGCCCAGUCACUGAGAACCCCGUCCCCUUGUCAGGGUCUCGCGGAGACCCCUGCGCUAACCCGGCCCAGCCCUGGCCGUGUUCCCCCUCCUCUUCCUUCUCCUCCUGGCCUCAUCGCGAGUCCAGUCGCCGGCUCCGCGAGCGCCCGGCCCAGCGCGCUGCCUCUGCUCCUCCCCGUGCACUGCGCGGCGCCUCGCAGCCUCGCGCUCGGCCCACGUUCUCCAGCCAAGCCCCUGCCCAGCCCCACGACGGGCUCCCCCCGGGACGGUCCCAUACCCCUGCUGACCCUGCUGACGGAGACAACGGAGGGGUCUGCGGACCCCGAAACGGGGGGCCUGGUUUCACCCCCUGGGCCCCCUACAAGGGGCUCUGGUCUCUUGGCGCUGUCUCCGGCGAGCAGCAGCAGCAGCAGCAGCUCCAGCCUGAACCGCGUGGGCGACGCGUCCAGCCCGCCAGCCAGAAGGUGGCGGUACCCCUCGUCCUCCGAGGGCCACGGGGCCCGCUCCACCAUCCCGGAGCAGCACCUCACCCCGCUACAGCAGCAGCGUGACGUCACCAUCCGCCACCUGCGGGCCCGGCUCCGCGACAGCGAGGGCCUCCUGGGGCACAGGGAGCGGGAGGUGCAGGAGCUGAAGUCCCAGCUGGAGCGCAUGCGCGAGGACUGGGUGGAGGAGGAGUGCCACCGCGUGGAGGCGCAGCUGGCGCUCAAGGAGGCGCGCCGUGAGAUCCGGCAGCUGCGGGAGGCGGUGGACGUCAUGGAGGUGAGCCUGCACGAGAAGGACCAGGGCCUCCAGAAGUACUUUGCCGACAUCGGCCUCCAGAACCGCAAGCUGGAGGCGCUGCUGCACAGCAUGGAGGUGGCGCAGGGCGGUGCCCGCCAGGACGGGGCCGACGGUGGCGAUGGCGAUGCGGCACACAGCCCGGUCUCGCGCGGCGACGACCUGGGCUUCGCCGACGAAUCGCUCACCGCCGAGACGACCGAGUCGCUCGGCCGGGCGGGAGUGGCGGGAGUGGGAGGAGACGGAGGAGACGGCGGAGACGGAGGAGGAAUACGGGGGGCGGCGGCGGCGGAGAACGAGGUUCCGCGGACCGCCGUGGCCGCAGCCGCCGGUGUCUUGCGGCGGGGAGUGGCGCGCGGCUCUCGCGGGCUGGAGGUGUCGCUGCUGGAGGAGAAGAUCGGCCGGAGCGAUCAGCAGCAGGAGGAGGAGGAGAACGUGGGGUUGGGCGUCCUCUCCAUCCGGAGCCAUUGCCGCCCGUACAGGAAGUCGCCCACGUCGGCCGAGCUCGGCGUCCAGGCCGACAUCGUCAUCUGCGACACGGGACCUCCCAGCUCCUCCUCCUCCUCGUCUUCCGCCGCCACCACCGCCGGCGUCUCCUCUACGAGCGACGGCAAACUCGUCGACCUCUCGCAGUCCGACCCGACCACCAUCCUCCUGGUGUCGCCGUCGUCGGGCGCGGUCCGGCGCCGCUGCCGCUGCGUGCCGCCCCGGAGACGUCUCCUGCUCGGCACCGACGCGGCCGCCGCCGGCGUCGGCGGUGUCGGCGUCGGCGUCGUCGUCACGCCGAACAACGACGACGUCGUCGGCGUUCAUUUCUGGAGCCGCUACGCCGUGCUGGACUGGGCGGCCGUGGCGGUGCCGCUCGUGCCCACGGUGGCCUGGCUCGUGAGCCGGCACCGCGCCGGCGAGCUGGCCCGCCAGGAGCCGCUCUACAACAUCGCGACGGUGCUCCGCGGCUGCUGCCUGCUGGCGCUCUCCCGGCUGAGGGUGGCACCGCAACAGCUCUAGGCUGCCGGAGUCGGCGGUGUGGCCGCUUGUGAAGGAGGUUCAUGGUGCGAGCCCACCCCCCCUCUCC